GUACAUAAGGCCAGCCACGGACAGCUCCUACUUCACUACAUUUCGCAAUCUCCGCUUAUAAUCAAGUUCUUGGGACCUCUAGUGUUAUAUUAGUCUCCAUUAGCCUCGUUUGUGGCGCCAUUUUCAGUCCUACCCGGCUUAAAUCCAAAAUGAGUGAAAGGAUUCCACUAACGAGUACUCCAUCCGAGCCUGAAGGGUCAUAUUCCCCUCCGUCCCCACACUCGCCGGAGCACUCGUCGCACUCGUCGCACGACGGCGGCGACAUCAAGGUCACCGUCGCAGAGAAGCUCGUGUCGCACGCCGACUUCCCUCCGCUGAAAUCGCCGGAAAAGGAGGAACGGAAAGGGGCAGAAGGCAUAGACGCAACGUCCGGCGGCGGCUGGAACGAGUUCGACCAGUCGUCCGCCAUUUUCAACUUCCACGAGCGCCCCGUGCGUGACGCGGGAUGGCGCUUCGUGUUCCUCGUGCCGCUCGUGCUGCUCGUCGCCAUGGGCGCGCUCUCCCUCGUCGCCGCGCUCUUCAACCCCCCCUCCUCUUCACCUUCCUCCUCACCCCGCUCGUCCUCCUCCUCCUCUUCGCGCUCAGCCUCCCCCUCCCCCUGCUCCUCAUCUCUUCUCUCCGCGGAAUGUCGGCGCGCGCCUUGAAGGUGCUUUUCAUCAUCGCCGCCGUCCUUUGCGUGCUGCAAAGCGCCAACUCCUUCGUGCGCUUCCUCGCGUCGCCGCUCGAGCCGUCGGUUGCGGAGCAAGGUCCGUACCCGACGUACGAGGCGGUGUAUUCUCCGGGCAGGGAUGGGUCGUCGAGCGAUUUCUCGGUGGACACCGACAUUGCUGAAAGCGCAGAGGGCGAGAGCGGCGAAAUGAUGGCGGGCGUUGGCGGGGACAUGAUGGCGGCAGCGAUGGGCGAGGGGGGCAUGGAAGGGGGCAUGGAAGGGGGCAUGGAAGGGGGCAUGGAAGGGGGCAUGGAAGGGGGCAUGGAAGGGGGCAUGGAGGGGGCACCGGAAGGAUGGGUGGAGGUGCAGGAGGGUCCGUCAUCAGCAGCGGGGAGCAGCGCUGAUGACGCCGCAGCAGUGGCGGACAGCAGCAGCAAUGCGGCGUCUACUAGCAGCAGCAGCAGCAGCAGCAGCACGUCCGUUAGCGAUCUCGGAAGGGGGCUCCUGGAGCUCUCUCUGCCCGCCAUCGCACACCCGGUGGCAGCCGUUACAGCGCACCACACCGCCCACUGGGCACGCGCCGCCCACUCCAUGGUGCACCGCCAGCUUUCAGACCGCGCGCCAGUCAAGAGGAGAAGUGAGCGCGAGCGCGGGCGGUCCCUGCAGGACCUGGCGAUGGUGCCCUUCAUGGCUUUUGGGUUGGCCGACUUCGCGAUGCGCCCUCUCUAUUUCAUCGCGUUUGUGUCCUUUGCGCUCCUCAGCGCCCUCGCGCUGCUCCUCGUGCUGCGCUACAGCCACCACCUGUCACUCGCCGCCUCUGCCAUCGCGCACAUCGCCCAUGCCACCAUCGCCCAGGCCCCCGUCAUCCUCUUUAUGGCGCUCCCCGUUAUGCUUGCAGCGCUGUUGCUCGCCCUCCCUUCGAUAGAUUAUAGCAGCCAUCUCGUCCUGUCGAUCCUCCUGUUGCCCUUCUUCGCCUUCGCCCUCCAAGUGCUCGCAACACUCUUCAUCUACUCGGUGGCAGCAAUCUACGCGCGAUUGUACGUCACAAACAGCAGCAGUAGCGACAGCAGGGGGGCAGCGAGGGCAUGCAGGGUGGGGAAGGGAAGGAGCGCAUGACAGUCAAGGGCCAGCUGGAGCUCUUCUGCUCCGCUUUCUCCCUCGCAUGCACCUCCUCCCUGGGCACCUGCUGCGCCAUUGCCGCUGCUGCCAUCGCCGCCACCAUCGUCAAGCUCAUCCUAUCCGGCCUCGGCCUCGCUCUCUUCGGCGACAACGUGAUCGGCUGCCUGCUGGGGGUGCUGCUGCGCUGCGCGGAAGUCGCCAUCCAGUUCUUCCUGCACUGCCUUGUGCUCCCCACCAGCGCCAUGAGCGGCCAUGGCUUCUCCCGCUCUGUGCGCCUCUCGCUUGACAUUCUGCAGCGCUUCCCCGUGCCCAUCGUUGCGGUGAAUGCCUCCGCGCUGGCCCUGCUUGUCAUGGUGAUGGUUCCCGUGUUCCUCAUCAACCAAUUGAUCGGCCUCUUCGGGGGCUUUGGUUGGUCGCUGUUUUACCAGGAUCCUGGGUUGUAUCAGCUAGCUGGUUUGAUGGUUCUCAUUGUCGGAAUCUUGGCCGCUUUUGCAGUGUCUCUUCUCUCCAUGGUAGCGCUCUCCUUCGUCCUCACUACAGGUGUCGCCACUGCAGUGCUGUGCUUUGCGUGGGACAAGAAGCUAGAUGCGGAAGAGGGCUCUGAUGCCGCAGGCUUGGUUGCAGGCAGUUCCCUAUCGUCUGUCGACUUAAAGGCCAAUGGCGAGGUUUAGAUUGCAUUGAGCAUCUCUUAUGUUUUGCUUACUGACUUCAAUUGUGAUGCUUUGUAAUAUACUAAGCUCACCUAG